GAAAUUCGAGUUCUAAUGAGUUCAAGAACUGAGGUACCACUGUAUAAAUAAUGUAUCUUUUUGCACUAAAUUUUUCAAAUCACUAAUUAUUGUUUUUUAUUGCAAAUGUAAGCAAUACAUUAAUGACUGUCCAUCUGUUAAUAGGUAGAACAGAUAAUCUAGCGUGGUUAAUUGUUCAGCUCACCAUCAUUAGACCAGAUUAGGAAAAUUGACUAUGCAACUUUAAUUGUGUCUCUCUGAACGAUAGAAAAGCAACAUGCAUAUCUGUAAAAUUAUAUGCAAUGAAAGGUAAAUCUAUAUCCAAAAGAUGAAUGCAAGAUGGUAACAGCUGGUUCCUCUAUACAAGGUAUAUGUUUGUAAUGGUGUCAUGCGAUGAUGAUGAUGAUCACGUAACAACUGAAAACUUUUCCUGAAUUGGUUGAACAAAAAAAUCUUUGCUUCAAUUGAGUCUUUGAAAUUUAGUUUGAAGUCUUGGAGAAGUCAUGAAAAAAGUCAUGGAAAUUUGGUAAUCGAAAAGUGUAUGAACCCUGCAUUUAUCACUUUAGUAUUUUUAUAUAAAGUUUGUUUUUCACCAAGUUAGCUAACUGGUUAAAAAUAUCAAUUACGUUUUUAGUUCAAGAUCUAGCCACAAAUCUGAGAUCUACUGAGACAGAUAAUUGACAAAGAAGUGAGAUAUACAGACAGUACUGAAAUAUCAUGCAGGUUGAAAUUGCUUUGAUUCACAUUGAUCUGUUUUUGUUGUAAUACUGUUACAGACACUGAUCAUGCAGGCAUCAGGUGAUAAGCACUUAAUGGUUUGUCAUAACAAUAGUGUAGUAGUGCUACACUGUAACUGAGCAUUCUUUGCCUCAGCUUAGCCACACUUAUGCCUAGUCGAAUCACCAACACCAUGCAUGUGUGUAAUGUACAUUGCUAUGGACAAAAGCAUCUGCUAAAUGUCAAUGUAAAUGUAGUGCUGUAUCAUGAUUCUUACAGUACCUCUGAAAUGUGCAUUGUGGAUACAUUUGCAAAUGGGUAUGAUAAAAUUUUGCCAUGUCACCCACCGGUAAUUUAGAACAAAAGAUGAUACGUUUGCUGGUAAACUACUUUAUCUGCUCAUAAAAUCAUACAAAUUUAGACUGACUGGCUGAUUGGAAGAACUCGGCCAUAGCCAAUUAAUUAGUCACUAGCCAAUUAAUUGGUGCAUCCCUUAAAAUAACAAACAUUAUAGGCAUAUUAUCAUAUAAAGUAUAGUAUGUUAGGAUGUUGAAGUAUACUUACACGUUUACAUGCUGUUUAUGCAUGCUCUAUGAAUGAAUUAUGAAGGUGCAGAUAUUGUGAAACAUUACCAGAUUGUGUAACACCUAAACAUGGCCUAUACCUUGUUUUAGAUGCACAUGGAGGAACCUUGCUUUGACUUUUUGAGAACCAAGGAGACAUUAGGGUAUCAUGUAUACCCCACCUGUAGGAAUACCUCUGGUAUUUUGGGUUUUUCUAUCACGGUGGAGACCCAGGCCACAAAGUUCAACACAGAACUUGUGGAGAUGAAAAUUGAAGACUUCCUGGCAAACUUUGGAGAAAAGAUGGCGAGUUUGACUGACGAAGCUUUCAAAACUCAGGUGACGGCUCUGAUUAAGCUCAAGGAGUGUGAGGACACACAUCUUGGAGAGGAGGUGGACAGAAACUGGUUUGAGGUGCUCACCCAGCAAUACGUAUUUGACAGGCUCAACAAAGAGAUCGAAGCACUUAAGCUGAUUACCAAGUCAGAGCUGGUCUCCUCCUUUAUGGAGUUCAGAGGUCAAAGCAGCAAGAAGCUUAGUAUUCAUGUGGUUGGUUUCGGAGAAGCAGAGCACGACCCUCCUGCGGAGGAUGAUGGUGGUGAAGCUCAACUGGCCCAGACUGACAGUGAUGGGGAGCACCGGAGUUCCCUGUACAGCGAGGUGUCAAAGCUCACGUUCCUGCCGGCAUCAGCCCUGCUGGCCUCCGCUACGGCCAUCACAGAUAUCCAUGCUUUCAGAUCCUCGCUGAAACUGUACCCUUACCACAAGAUCCUCAAAUAACAUGAUCUGCAGAUUGACAGCUUAUUGAGAGAAUUAAUUGACCUGUUGCUUCCUUGUCUGCUACCAUAGUAAGGGAAAGCAUAAAAUCUUCUCCUCACUGUCUCUCUAUAAAAUAAAUGAUCAGUGCAAAGUUCAUAUUCAUUCAGUGCAUCUUCAGUCAUUUGAAUUUAACCCAACCCCACAGUCUCAACUGAGUCUGCAGUGAUUUUUAUACUGAUAAGACAACUGUAGGAUUCCAGUUGCUGUAUUCCAGAGAAAACAACUGUCUAAGCUUUCUUACUAUCCAAUGGUUUUCACUGUUGCUUCUUGUCAAAUUUUAACUUUGAAUUUGUCAUGGACAGUCAAAUAAGCCAACUCUGCUAAUUUGUGAAUGACUGCAGUAAAGAAACUUUGGUGGAGUAUAUAAUGCUUUCAGUGUUACUGAAUUUCAUAUACUACUUUGUUUGAGAACUUGAAAUGCUUAAUUAAAGGUGCUCUUCAUUUAGCUUUGUUUUUUAUCCUACUUAUAUGUAAUUAAAUAUAUGACUAACUAGUA